AUGGCCACCAGGAACGGGGAGGAGCUGUGCCAGGUGUUUAACAGCCUGGCCUCCGGCUCUGCUUGCCAGUUGCUGGGUCCUGACAUUGCCAAAGCUAGAGGUCAUGGAGAGCGGGGGGCAUCAUUUGCCGAUAAAAGCAAAGAGCACAGCCGAGCACCCCACCCUCCUGCACUGAUGCUGCAUGCUGCAGAGAGGAAGAGCCGGGCUGAAGACAAAGAGGACAAGGAGCCUCCAUCCAUGCUAGUAAGAGGGGAGGACAGUGCAGCAAAAGGCAAUAGACCUGUCGCCUCUACCCCAGUGCCUGGAUCUCCCUGGUGCGUGGUCUGGACGGGUGAUGAUCGGGUUUUCUUCUUCAACCCUACAAUGCAGCUGUCAGUCUGGGAGAAGCCCAUGGACCUAAAGAACCGUGGGGACCUCAGGAGGAUCAUGGAGGACCCGCCCCAUAAGCGCAAGCUGGAAGCCUCAGCAACCGACAGCAGUGAUGGAUCCAGUUCAGAAGAUGGCAGGGAAGACCAAAACGUGAAGACCAAGAGGAAUCGGACAGAAGGCUGUGAGUGUCCUGAGCCAGAUGAGGCACAGCAAGAGGACAAGGACACGCGGACACCGCCUCCCCAGAUUCUCCUGCCCCUGGAGGAGCGCGCGACACAUUUCCGAGAUAUGCUUCUGGAGAGAGGGGUGUCAGCAUUUUCUACGUGGGAGAAAGAAUUACAUAAAAUUGUUUUUGACCCACGCUAUCUGCUUUUAAACUCUGAGGAGCGGAAACAGAUCUUUGAACAGUUUGUCAAGACAAGAAUAAAACAAGAAUACAAGGAAAAGAAAAGUAAAUUGCUGCUAGCCAAAGAAGAAUUCAAAAAACUUCUAGAGGAGUCUAAAGUGUCACCCAGGACCACAUUCAAGGAGUUUGCUGAGAAGUAUGGCCGGGAUCAGAGGUUUCGACUCGUUCAAAAAAGAAAGGAUCAGGAGCGUUUUUUCAACCAGUUCAUACUUAUUCUUAAGAAGCGGGACAAAGAAAACAGACUAAGGCUAAGGAAGAUGAGAUGA